AUGCUCAAUUGGGUUCAAAUCUGGACUUUGCAAUGGCCAGUAGUCAAAUUGUUUAAUCUCCCAAUGGUUUUUCCAUCACGUUGUCUAGGACCCAGUAUGACAGCUAGCAUUAUCUUCUUGGAAUUGUAUUUUUCUUAUAAUCAGAAAGAAUUAUUGGACUCCAAUAUUUUUUUCAAAAGGCAAAAACUUUGUCGGAAAUGUCAAUACAAAAAAACCGUUGCUCAUGGACAUGGAGAAAGUGUUUCUGAAAAGAACUGUGCGAGCAGCUUGUUUGUAGUGACAUUUCCAACAAAGUUUUUGACUUUUGAAAAAUCUCCAAUUAUUACUAUUGAUACAGAAAAGGAAGCUGGAGAAAAGGAAUCUGUUGAAGAUCAACCUGUAGAAGAGUAUGACUGGGAGCUCUUGGAUUUAGAUAUAGAUACAAUGAUUGCUGUGUACUAUAAUAGCUUUCUGACAUGGAGACCAGACGCAGAAAAAAAUUUGCGUAGACUCUACAGAGGAGACUCAAGAUCAUCGAUUAUGCACAACAAGAGAAAAAUGAAAGAAGAGCUUGAGGCAAAUAAAGACAAGAAGGUCAGAACGCUUGCUGAUUUUGGUUUCUCAGUUCCUGUUGUACCAGUUUCGCCUGUAACAGAAGCAUUAACUGUAUACAAGCAAUUGAAAGAUGAGGAACUUGAAGAGAUUCGUGAAGCUUAUGAGAAAAUCUCUGAGAUGAUAAAGCCUUCAGUCAGUUCAGAUAGCGAGUUGGGCAAGUUUGCUUUGUUUGAAGUAAGCAAACACAUUGUUUUGAAAGAGUAUUUCCAAUGCCUCUUGAACAAUUGCAAGAAAAUCGAGGCAUCUGAAAAAGCAGCAGAGAUUUUUAGGACAACACCUUCCAAGUACUGUGGAGACAUUGUCCAUGGUUGGGCCAAAGAAUUUCUUCAGUUUGGCAAAACUUCUGAAUAUUAA